UCGUGUCUGAUGAAAAGAAGAUAUAGAGAUGUGUCUCAGUGUACCAUUCUGCAAAGGGGCCUGGGGCCUCCCACCCUCCCUGGGGAGAGAACACACCCAAGUUACACGGCCCCCAGCCCCGCAGUCUAUUUGAGCUGUGCAGGGCCUGGGCGUCCGACAAGCCAAACAACUGUUUUUGAGUCACUGCAUUAUGGCAGCCAAAUGGAACUGCUUCCAUGGUCGGCUCUAGGAGGAGGGGUGGAGGGACACCUCCUCCUCCUUGAAGGGGAGGCUACUUGGCUGGAGUCAGGAGCGCAGCCUGCAGAGUGGGGGUGGGGGGCCUCUCUGGACCCGGGCUGAGGUCUGCCCCAGGCCGACAGGGUGCCCACUUCGGGGCUGCCAGGCUGGCUCUGGAUCGGCAGGGGUGGGGGGAGGAGGGCGGCUGCGUGGAGGGGUGUCUCUCCCUGCAGGCAUCGGCAGGCUGGAGCCAGCUGCUCUGGCCUUGGCAGGGCGAACACAGAGCAAGUCAGCACAGCCUCCGCAGUGCCAAGGCCGGGAGCAGGCUUGCGGCUCCCGUUCCGCUUCUGCGGGCGGGGCCUUUGUGCCCACCUGGCUUCCCCCUGGGCCUGGCCCUCCUGUACCCCCACAUUCUCUGACAGUGAUGGCUAAUUAGAGCUGAUGUCUACUGGGGCCCCCUUCUAUGUGACAAGCAAUGUGCAGAAUGUUUUCAUGUAUACUCAGUUGUUUAACACUCACAAGAUACUGCUCGCAUUUUAUGGAGAAGGUGAUGGAGGCACAGAGGAGUUAAGUGACUUACCAAAGGUCACACAGCCAGCAAGUAGUAGAUAGAGCUGACUCCAGAAGCCAUGCUUUUAACUUCUUCAUGAGACCACCUCCUGCAACCAAUAAUGACAGUGCCAACUGCAGCCCAUAGCCUCAGGUGUACAAGAGAGAACCUUUCCCUUAAAUCAAAGUAAAUCCAAGUAUAAUAUUCUUAGCCCUUUCCUCUUGUCACGAGCUGGCUGCCACAGCUCCAAGCAUCACGUUCUUACAGGAGGAUAGCAUCCAAAAGCAGAAGGGGAAGGGAUGGGGUCUCCUUUGCCAUUUUCUCUUUGGGGCAAGGGUGUUUUCCAGAAGAUCUUAGCAAAUUUGUCCACCUGUCCAAGUUGGGUCACAUGCUUAUCUGUAAUUGCAAGGUGCUGGGAAUACGAGUAUCUGACCUUUCCAGACUUCAUGCGUGGCAGGCUGUGCCAUCAGAAAAAGAGGCAGGUAGGAAUGGCUGGUGGGGAGCAGCCCAAUUGGCCUGAUCUUCAAGCAGGGGCUGCCACCUCCCUUUUACAGAUGAGGAAUGAGGCUCAGUGGCAGGAGCCUGGCCAGGGUCUGUGGACCCCGUGCUGGCAUCAAGCAUCUGGGCGGGGUGCUUCCUCUGCGUUCGUUUUAGAACUGUACCUCCAGCUGGGGGUCAGGCUCUGGCAGGCUGUAACAGGGCAUAUUUUUCUUUUGGGCGUCCUUGUGUGACUCAGGAAUGAACAUCUAGAAGGUUCUAAAUCACCCUGUACUGUACUGGAAGAGCUGUGUUACCCACACUCCUUUCUGUUUGCAAAUGCCACAAACCCAGUUCCAAAAGGAUGUUUGUGGACUCCUGUAACCAGUGAAGGGUGAAGCUGGCCCUCGGCACCCUUGGAUCCAGAGUCAUAGGUCCUUCCGCCUGUCUCCAUCCUCAGCUUUGCUCCCUCCCGUGUGGAAUGCGUCCUUGGGCAGGUUCUUCUCUCAGGUCAGAGAUGGCUAUGGUCAGUUCUAGGCUCGUAUCUAGUGACUCCAAAGAGGGCACAGAGAGGAAUUCCUGGGAAAUGUCCCAAGGAAGAUUCUGAUUGGCCCACCCUUGUGGAGGGGAAGGAGUGUGUUGGUGGACAGGGCCAGUGGGUCAGGGAGGGACAGAUGCUGGUUAGAUACAGUGAAAAAGUUGCUUACUGUAGAUGAGUGAGUGGAAGGACAGAGUGAUGGAAAGGUGAAGGGUGGAUGGGAGGAUGGAUGGAUGGAUAGAUGGACAGAUGAAUGGAGGCAUGAAUGUGCUGAUGGUUAACCAGAUAGAUGCUUAGAUGGACAGAUAGAUGGACCUAUAGCUGGAUGCAUGGUUGGAAUGGGAGAUGGCUGGCGGGCUGUAGCUCCCCCUCCGUCCCUAGAAGCUCCCAGGGUAGAGCUGCCUGUGUGAGUGAUAAUGAAGGCUCCAUUGGGUCUUCCACUCAGGCAGCUAACUGCUUAGCCCCUAAAGCCCUUCUAAACCUUCAGUUUCAUUUUUGUAGCAAGGUCAUUUCUGCUCCUUUCCCCUAUGAGUGUCUUUAAUAACACAUACUCUUCCCACAGCACAAAAGGAUGCCUUAGAAAACUUGAAAGAUUUAGAAACACUUGCAGAAGCACAUGGGGAGUCAUGGUCCUGGCCCGCAGGCCCCUUGACGCUGCCAGCGGGUAGGUGUCUGUGGCUCUUCUCUGACAGCUGCAGGUGCCAGUGCUCGGCGGCCCCUGUGCCUUGGUUUAGGGAGCGCCAGCCUCAUGGGGCCUGGUCCCAGCCAGACUUGCUUUUUGAUGAACAGUGGUGACCUUUUUGGCAGGAGAACCAGAAUCGAGGUGUGGGCUGUUCCCCCAUCUCUUUGGAGGUUGGUUUGUUGCUACAAGGCUACAGGGAGGCAGGCGUUUUUACAGCUUCUUCCUUGGGAGCUGCCUUCUCAACUCAGAACACGCAAAUUGCAGGAAGCCAUGAGUUGCUUCCUUGGGGGCACACUCUGAACGGCCAGCCCUCAUGUGAACGUGAAUGUUCUGCCCAUUUUCAUACCAGUCUGUUCCCCUCGGGCAGGCAGCUCGGACCACCCUGUCAGACACCCUCAGAGGGGCAGGCAGAUGGGGGUUAGGCGGUGGAUGGGCUCUGAGUGUCCAGAGCAGAGAGGGACAGGGUUGCUCCCCGGUGCUGCUUAGGGUGUGGGCUUGGGAGCAGAGUACCCGGGUCCUCAGUUGGGUCUGCUGCCGCUCAGGCCCUCACAAGGUCUGGCUGUGUUCCUGUGUGAGGCAUCAGGCAGGGAGAAGGCGGCCCUCUCCCCAUGCCCUGGGUUUUCCUUCUUAGGCCCUGCAGAAACAGCAGUGCCCUGCUCUCGGGUACCUGCGCUUCUGCCCAGAAUAUCUGCUGCUUUUCAUCAAACACGCGAGGCCUCCAGGAACACAGACACUCCAGGAGGCCUCCAUGACUCCAGCUGAAGAAAGCUCCUGUCCACCCUGGUUGCCUAUUCAGGAUAUCAGUCCUGUGUCUGUGUCCUUUCUGAUGUGGGUGGACGUAUGAGUGAUUCUGGGUUCCAGCGUGUGAUGCACUUGAGCAGGACUCCCACGGCUGGGCUUCUGGGUGUGUGGCCAUGGGUCAGAGCGGGUGGUGGGCAGGCAGAGGCAGGGGACUUGCGCUCUCUGGUCCCAGGGGUCUUUUGGGGGCUGCUGCCUGGCCUUGUCCUCGUCAAUGCAAUGCAUUGGGGAAGUAGGGUAGCAGCUUUCUCGCCCCAAGAAUCUGAGGAGCUACUUCCCUCCCUUGCAAAGCUGCUCACGAAGAUGAGGCGUCUGCCAAGCCACAUUUAUCAGCCAAUCAUUAAUUCAUUUCCUCAUUUUUUAUUAAUCAUGGCCCACCAGCCAGAGCUUUAGAUGGGGAUGAAAAGCACUGGGGAGGCACCAGGUUGACAGAAUUGCCACCCCAGCCAAGGAAAAGGGGAGCUGGAGCCCAGCUGGGGCCCUCCAGUGGGGGCUGCUCCACCUUUGGGGGCAUUUAGAAUGGCUCCAGGGGCCCUGUUUGUCUCCUCCCACCAGGGGGAACUGCUCUGACAGCCUUGUGCGCACACGUCUGUAUGUUUGCAUGUUUGUAUUCCUGUGUGCAUGCGUGUGGGGUGAGGGCGCACAUGGGAGGUGUGAGUGUGUGACGUGUGUGCACACAGAGCCCGUGUGCCUAGUGUGUGUUCUUGUGUGUGCGUCUGUGCACGCAGUGUAUGUGCGCAGUGUGCAUGGGUGGAGGCAGCAGGAACAGACAGACUGACAAGGAGUUUCUCUGGAUGAUUAAUGGCCUUUGGAAGGAGGCGCCGCGUCCAUCAGACGCUCCUGGCAGGUUCUGAGCUCGGCUGCACGCCUGCCUCCCGGCUGAACCAGCCCAGGUGAGGCCGUGUUCCCAGCCGGUGGCCCAGGGCUGGUGGGUCAGGUCCCUGAGGGAACAGAGAGCCCCCUCCAGGGCUGCUUUCAGCUUGGCCUGCCCCAGGUCCUUUCUGCCCUUGCCCCCCAUGCACAGUGUGGACCACCCGGUCAGCAACGCAGAAUGCUGCUCUAACCCCACCCUAGGGCGCCCACCCCCCAGGGAUUACUGUUCAGCAGGAUGAGGCCAGGGCCCAGGAAUCUGCAUUUUAACAAGUGUCAUGGGAGUGAUCCUGGAGGGCUGCAGACCACACUUUGUGUGUGACAAGGAAGGUGCCCCCGCCUCGGUGCUCACCCCUGUGCGUCCAUUCCGCCUGCCUUUUGUUUGCUGGGUGAGCCUAGGCAGGUCACUUUACCUCUCUAGGCCACUUGCUCAUUUUUAAUAGUCAUCCUGCCUCUUACUCGUUUUGGGAUCUUUCUGGGUCUCAACUUCUUCAUCUGUGCGGUGUUGGUAAUACUAGCCCAAGCCUCCUUGGGUUCUCAGGUUCUUGGGAGGAGUGAGUGAGUCAUUCCCGUGGGCAUCUAAGUGGCUGUCACUGUUGUUCCAUGCCCUGGAGCUGGGGUGUGUGGUUAGACAGGGCCAUGUGGCGCACAGUGGGUUCUCAGGGAAGCGAGCAUCUUUCUAAAUCCUAGUAAUAGUAUCUGAGCUUACCGAGCUUCCUACCACCUGUGGCUUGUGGCCUCCUCAUCCCCAGUUUACACACAAGAAAACCGAGGCUCGGAGAAAUCACAAGACUCAUCUGAGGUGAGUGGGCCCAGGAGGGUUUGAUCCCCAAACCCUUGGGAUAUUAUUUCUGCCCUUGGCCUUCAGGUGGGGGAGAUGGGUGAGGUUGAGGCUGCCGAGUCAUUAGCCCCCUCCACUCCCCCAGCGGCCCUGGGAACGCCAGGCCGGGCACGCGGGGCGGGCGGGGCUGGGAGGCGCUGGAGCCACAGCCGCCGGCAAAUCCAGCCCAGCUGGGGGAUUAGACCGCAUCUGGCUCGGUUUACACCAGAGAAACAAAGGCGGCUGCCGGCGCCUUUAUCUGGUACCCCGGGACCUCUGCCCAGCUGCCCCUGCCAGCGCUUCCCCAGGCCCCACACCCUCCUCCUCCUGCACAGCCUCCUGCAUCACGUGUACCCUGAGUGUGUCCGUCACCUCACCCUCGCACCAGGGGUCUCCAGUGUGAAACCAGAUACUCGUAGAUGGGCUGAGGGGGACUUCUGGACAGACUGGUGGACAGGGGCCACAGGCCGAUGGCCUAGCAUGGACAGAGGCUUGGAGAGCUUGAGUGGCUGCCUACUUGGGGGGCCUGUCCCAGUGAUUGGAAUCCUGAAAGGGGAGUUCAGAUUUGAAGUUGACAACGGGUUCCACCCUUCGGGGUUUGCCUUAUCCUGGAAGUCAUGGGGAGCCAUUGAAGAACUAUCGCCUCCCACAGAGGCAGUCAUCCAAGGGAGGUGCUGUUCUGUCCCCUGCCCUGCACAGCCAUGCCUCGCAGCCCUGGAGGGGAUGCUGUGGGAAGCUGGACCCCGGGCGGGCAGGCGGCAUCCUCAGAUGCCGGGAUUUCGUCAGCCUUGGCUCCCCGUUCUGUCGGUGGAAUCCCGGGCGCACGUCCUGGAAGGGGGCUCUGGAAGGCCCUCUGCUUGUCUUGGCCCCUCUGCCUGCUCCCCUUCGCCCCUUGCCCCCCGCACCUUCCCCGGCAGGGUUUGGGCAGAGACCCAGUGGGGGGAGGGCUCGGUGGGGGCGGGGGGGGGGUUGGGGGAGGGCCCUGCUGGGCUCUCCAGGUGGCCUGUUUGGAGCAGAAUCACUGCAGCCUGCUGGCGCCUGCUGCUCUCCCCCAUGCUGGCUCCACCCCUUCUUCCCAUUUUUUACUUUCUUUUAGUCAGUUCAUCUGACUCCUAAUGAAGACUUACUGUGUGCUGGCUGGUGAGACCUACCGAAGUAGGGCCGUAGGAGGGUGCCGUGACCAGAGUGGGCUCGUGGCAGACCACCCUUACUAGCGUGGAGAAGGGGGCGAGGUGUCUGAUCGGCCUACAUGAGGACAGAUGAAUAUUGAGUGAGGUACCAGGUGUGAGCAGAGUGGGCGUCGGUGCCCCCUGCCAUUCCCCUGAGGAUUUGGGUAGGGGUUUGGAGGGGGCGGGGAGAGGCAGGUGCUGGGAGAGCCAUGAGGAGGGACGUGGAUGCACCCCUAGCUGAGAAUUCCUGCUGAGCCUUUCCUCUUCUGAAGCCUCUCACUGGCUCCGGUCUCUUUCAGGGCCAGAAGUCUUGCCCUUGAACUCGGGCUGCAGCUCCAGGGAACUGCGGCUGGGAGAGGGGGAAGGGGCGUAGCUGGAAGGGCUCCUGCUGGGUCACUCUGUUCCCCUGAACACAGUUGGGGCAUCACCCAGGGUCUGUGAUUUUUUUUUUUUAAAGUUGUUUAGGUGCCUUAAAAAAAUUUUUUUUUCUUAACUGAGUAUAGUUGAUUUACACUGUUGUGUUACUUUCUGCUAUGCAGCAGAGUGACUCAGCUAUGCAUCUGUGUUCUUUUCCAUGAUGGUCCAUCACAGGACGCUGGAUGUGGUUCCCUGCGCUGCCCAGCAGGACCCUGUCAUUGCUCCGUUCUCUGUGUGAUGGUUUGUUCCCUCCCCGUUGCUCCCCCUCGGCGACCACAAAUCUGCCCUCUUGGCCUGUGAAUCUGUUUCUGUUUCAUCGAUGGGUUCAUUUGGGUCGCAUUUUAGAUUCCACACGUAGGUCUAUCAUGUGGAAUUUGUUUUUCUGACUUCCUGCACUGAGGAUGAUCAUCUCUAGUUGCAUGAUUUCGUUCUUUAUCAUGGCCAAGUAAUAUUCCACUGUGUGUAUACACCCUAUGUUCCUUGUCCCCUCAUCUGCUGACGGACACUUCGGUUGUUUCUGUGUCAGCUAUCAGGAGUAGGGCUGCACACCUGGAUGUGUGUGCAAGGCUGGAGUGUGGAUUCAAGGGUGAGCUGAAUCGCAGGCACGCUGACUCGAGAGGCCUCCCCCCGCCACGGGCCGCUGACCCUGAGAUGCACACCUGGGGAUGGUCGGCCUGGUGGGCGCACCUCCCAGACCCCAACACACUGCCUGGGAGCAGGAGGGGAUGAGGUGAAGACCAGGGGACCACUUUGUGUCCGGAACACCACUCUGGCCCAGAUGGCCAGCUCCACCGCAGUGCUGAGUGACCUGGUUGGCCGAUGAACCUUCCCUGGCUGCUGUUUCUUCCUGAAGGAUGGAUGCCAAAGGUGGCCCCUUCGUGAGGAAGUCUCCAGCUGGACUCAUUCACCUCACAUGACACUUAACACCAGUAUUUGUAUCAUUAUUUUAUUUAAAUAAGACCCCCUUGUCCUUAAGUAAAUUUGUUUUAAAAGAAUCAGUUCAGUCACUCAGUCGUGUCCGACUCUUUGUGACUCCAUGGACUGCAGCACGCCAGGCUGCCCUGUCCAUCACUAACUCCCGGAGUUUGCCCAAACUCAUGUCCAUCAAAUUGGUGAUGCCAUCCAACCGUCUCACCCUCUGUCAUCCCCUUCUCCUCCUGCCUUCAAUCUUUGUUUACCAGCGUCAGGGUCUUUUCAUCAAAACUGUGGCAGGCAGCUGUGGCCCUGGCUGGAUACUAAUGUUAUUGUUGUUUUUGGAGAAGGAGCUUGCUGACUGUGAUAAAAACUUCUUUUGGGCCCCUUUUGGUUGGAUUGUUGAGAUAAAGUUAUAUUCCUUAGUGUUUUAAGCAAGUUAACUUAAAUUUGUUAUGUAUCUAAUUCUUAAAAUAGUCCUUACCCAACAUUCCCAUUGCCAGUUAAUUGGGAGCUUUUUAUAUGCAUAUAUGCCAGAAUUGGUACAGAUUAGGGGCCUUGAAUAGAAAGAAGUUCCCUCCUCUGGCUGGAGGGAGAAGGUGGGACUGGAGCCCUCUGCCUUGGUGUCAGCCUUGUGCAGGCUGGCAGUUCCACUGACGGACCCUAGGUGGCGCCAGAACCCCAAAGUGCAGUAUCCCUCCGCUCCAGGAGUUCCUCACCAGGGAUCCUGAGUGCGCGUGGUGUGGGGGUGGGGGUGGCACGUCUGUGUAUGUGAGUGUGUGUGUGUGAGUUUUGUCUCUGGAUGUGCUGGCAGUGGUGGGUCAACGUGUGUGUGUACGUGGGCAUGUGUGCCUUUGUGUAUCUGUGUGUUUGUGUGUGGUUGUGAGUUUGAGGGAACCUGGAGCACCCUCUCCACCGGCGCGCCACACCCUUGCUGAGAGCAUGGUGUAUGUGGGUUGCAUGGACCGCCCCCCCCUCCCUGCCUGAGGCCCCAGCUGCAGGGACCCUGCCCGCCCCCGCCUGGCCCAUCCUCAGGAGAUGUGAUUAGCAGAUGUACAGGGCCAGGCCAUGAUUUAUGUUCCCGGUCGCCUAAUUAUUCCCAGCCCUGAAGGAGGAGAAAUAAAAUGCUUUGCAGGGCUGGGAACCCGAAAUCCCAGUGGGGGCUCCAGGACGCCAGGCCCACCCCACCCUCACCCCUAAAGGCCCCAGACCUCCCGCAGCCUGGAGAGGGGGCUGGGGGGGGGAGCAGCCAAGGGUACUGUGCCUGGAAGUGAUGAAAGGGGGGCUCUCUAGAGAGCAGACCUGGGUGGGGGACGUCUGUCAUCUCUUCUCAGUGCUGAAGGGGGAUGCGGGCCCACAGUGGUGCAUCCCCUGCUGACUGCGUGCCCUGAGGCAGCAUCCCGGUGCUCUUAGGAGGUUCCAGCCCUUGCCUUAGGGCCUGAGAGGUGCCUCCAGAUCUGAGCCCCGCUUCCUGUCUGACUUCAUCUUGUAGCCACCCCUACAUCCCCUGCACCGCGGCCUCCUCCCACUUCUCAGAUGUGUAAUUUCGUUCUCCUGCGGCUUUCGUGUCUUCUCAGGGCUGGUACCCCUUCACGCUGUCCACAGCCUUCCUUGGCCCCUGUCCUUUGGCAUUCGUCUCUGAGCACAGGUACCCUUGGCAUCAUGUGGGCAGGGUCCACAUCAGCCUGUCACGCCGUCCCCAGUGCCUGGACCCAUGCUGGUGGGUGGAGAGUGCUCAGUAAAUAUUUGUGGUUUGGUGGAGGACAGACAGAUGGUAAGCCUGCAGCCUUGCCGAGAGGCCCAGGCUCAGGGCAGAGGAUCUCAGGGCUUAGAAGCCAUGGGUCCCCGUGGCGGGGGGGGUGGGGCGGGGAGCGGCCUUGGAGACUGCUCAGGGUCUGGCGAGGCCUCAUCCUCGGAGGGGUGCUGGUCUCAGCUGGACACAUGGGUCCUCUGUCCCUCCUCUGGAAGCCUGGCUCAAGCCCUUGACCCCAGGGGGCUGUGUUUUGUCCCUAAGCCUCCAGCGGAGAAUUUGCCACUCCCAGAGGAGGUGCAGCAGGAUUCAGGAGCUCAGCUCUGACCUGGGGUCCCUGGCCUUGAGCACCAGGGGCUCCCUGGUGGCCUUGGGCAGGCCAGUCACUCAGCCCCUGUGUGUCCUUUCACACCUCUGUGUAAGUUGGUACAUGGGCUGUCCGUGUCCCGGGGACCUGAAGAGGGGAGGCAGGGAGGGGCUGGCCUGUGAUGGCUACAGGAGACGGCUGAUUCCAGCCUUCCUUUUCUGAACAGUGUCAGAAACCCACGGUGUGGUGUGCAGCCAGGUUGGACACGCGCUCGAACUCGAGGGCCCUCCUGUAGAAGGGUCUGGGUCCAUGCCAAGGUGGUGACUCUCAUCUUUUGGCUGUAGGAAUCCCUGGGGGAUAAAUCAGCCAGUGGCAUGUGGUUAGGGCCUGCUGCGGGCAGCCCUGGCCUUAGAAGGGCUUUCUUGGGGCCUUGCAGCCCUGCCCAUCUACCUGUGGGGCUGAGGACAGGCAGGCCUCUGGCUGGUGGGGUUGCAGGGGACCCUGAUGGGCAGGUGGGCCUGGGGCCCAGGAGCAUCACGCCCCCUCGCAGAGCUCACAGCACCCUCCCCCUUGGCUCUCUCCUGCGUGUCUUUGAGCCGGACUCUGUCUCCCCCUGCUUCUUGACUCUGUGACUGUCUCUGCCAUCCUCGCCACCUUUGUCUCCUUCUCUGUUUUGUCUCUUCCCCCUUUUCUGUCUCUCCUCUCCCUCACCUCUCUUUUCCUCUCCCUCCUCUUCCCCACGGCCCCCUCCCCUCCUGCCUGCGUGCUCUCUGAGCAGCUGUUACCUAAUAGGCUGUUAAUGAUGAUACAGUAAGUGGAAGGCAGAGUCCUGCGGGAGCCGCCAUGAUCUGUGUAAUUGGUCUCGACGGAGACAGAAGUAUCUAAUAUUUACACGCCAGCAUUAGUCCUUUGGGAGCCUUAUCUUGGCUGGAGCCAAGCUGGGAGAGGCGGUUCUGGCUGGUACCGUCUCCCCCGUCCGUACCUGCUCGGAAGGUCUUCGGUCGGUGUGACCUGCCCGCCUUGGGUGGGGACCAGGGCCUGGGCCG